CUUUUCAUUAUGCGCUCUGCUUUCGUACCAGUUUGACAAGCUGCAACAGCUGUCACUUUGCGCCAUUUGUAUGACAGCGAAUUUGCGUGUGAAUCAGAGAAAUACAAAACGAAGCGUAAAUUAAGCGAAAAAGCUACGGAAAUAAUAGUUGCACGCGAAAAUUUUGCAUAUAAAAUGCAAAUAUAGCGAAAGGUUUUUGCAAUAGCACCGUGCAGAAUCAUCAGUGACUUCAACUACACAUACAAUGGGACUCGAUUUUGAUGCGAUCGAGUAUUGCAAGAACGUGAAGCUGCAGCAAGCGCAACCGCCGUACGCGUGUCCAGUGGCCAAGUGCGAUCGCAGCUACAAAACAGUGGUGGGACUACAAUACCAUUUACUUAACUAUGAUCACGACAAUCCACAACCGAUAACACCAAUAAUAACACCUAAUCGGAAAAAGGCGCGGAAAGCACAUCAUUCAACACCGAAAACACCGAAGGGAACUGGUGAUGACAACGGUGCAAACGGUGGUGGUUAUCAGGUGGCAAAUCCUGAGUCUUUAGUUAGUUACAAUGAGGAAGAACAAACCGUACAGUUCAAUAUUGACGGUAAAAGUGUGCGGUUAGCUAUUGAUGAACCGCUACCAUUUAUUGAAGGUGAAGAGUAUGCAGAAUUAGUGGCGCGCCGUUGUAUUUUAAAUGCCGAUGCACCACCACUCGAAGAAAAUGCUUCAUGGGCGCGUGUUAAAGUGCCUGAGGCGCAUUAUCAUGAAAUCGAAGACUACAAUGUGCCUGAUGCACCACCCCGCCCGCUCGCCUAUUAUCGAUUCAUUGAAAAAUCGGUCGAGGAGUUGGAUGGUGAAAUAGAGUACGAUGUGGAUGAAGAAGAUUCAGCAUGGUUAGAUUGGAUGAAUGAGCAGCGAGAGAAAGCCGGUUUUAAUCCAGUUACAAUCGAUACAAUGGAACUACUAAUGGAUCGGCUGGAAAAAGAGUCGUACUUUCAAGCGGCUGCCAAUGGUACGCCAACAGGUGUGGAAGUCGACGACGAUGCCGUGUGUUGCAUUUGCAUGGAUGGCGAGUGCCAGAACACAAACGUAAUACUUUUCUGCGAUAUGUGCAAUCUGGCUGUACACCAGGAUUGCUAUGGUGUACCAUUCAUACCGGAAGGGCAGUGGUUGUGCCGACGCUGUUUGCAAUCGCCCAGUACCCCUGUGCGUUGUGUUUUGUGCCCGAAUGCCGGUGGUGCUUUUAAACAGACCGAUCGUGGUCAAUGGGCACAUGUGGUAUGCGCACUUUGGAUACCCGAAGUGCGUUUUGCUAAUACCGUGUUUCUGGAACCUAUCGAUUCCAUCGAAACAAUACCGGCGGCGCGUUGGCGACUCACAUGUUAUGUUUGUAAAGAAAAGGGUUGGGGCGCGUGCAUACAGUGUCAGCGCAAUAGCUGCUAUGCAGCUUUCCAUGUAACAUGCGCACAGCAGGCUGGUUUAUAUAUGACAAUGGAUACAGUCAAAGACGGACACAACGACUCGUCGGUACAUGUACAAAAGUACGCUUACUGUCAUGCCCAUACGCCGGCAGAUGCUAAAUUGAAGACCAAUCAAAAAGAGGUGGAGGAUACACGUAUGAAAAUGAAGGAAGCACGUAAAGCGCUCGCCAAAAAACGUUCGACGGCGCCCAUUGUACUCAUACCAACAAUUCCACCGAAUCGUGUACAGGAGAUCUCGGGCAUGGUGCACAUGCAAAAGAAACAGCAAUUCUUAGAUAGACUUAUAGCCUAUUGGACGCUGAAGCGGCAAUACCGUAACGGUGUACCGCUAUUGCGUCGACUUCAGAGUCAGGGCAAUAAUCAUGGUGUGAUCCAUCGAAAUGGUAUUGAAGGCUCGCCGGAUACUAAAGAGUUGUACAAACAGUUGAAAUAUUGGCAGUGUCUGCGCCAGGAUUUGGAACGUGCGCGAUUGCUUUGUGAAUUGGUGCGAAAGCGUGAAAAACUGAAGGCGGCCUUCGUGAAAAUCUGUGAGCAGGUGGUAAUGUUGCAGGUGAAUCCACUUGAGUCGGCGUUAACCAAACUGCUGGACACACUCGAAGCUAAAGACACAAGUGAAAUAUUCCGUGAACCGGUCGAUACCGAAGAAGUGCCUGACUAUUUGGACAUUGUGAAGCAUCCAAUGGAUUUGGGCACAAUGCGUACCAAAUUGAAACAAGGUCAAUAUGCGACACUGGAACAAUUGGAAAUCGAUUUCGACUUAAUGAUACAAAAUUGUCUGGCUUACAACAAUAAGGAUACGGUAUUUUAUCGCGCCGGUAUACGUAUGCGUGACCAGGCGGCACCACUGUUCCAGCAAGUGCGGAAGGAGUUAAAACGUGAGGGAUUAUUGGAUAAUUCGCGUUCCGAUCACGAAGAUCAUGUUGAACACGAAGUGGAAGCGGAAUUGAAAGCGCUGCUAGAGGCCAAGCCCUGUGAGGAGAUUGUGCAAAAGUUGCUCAUACUUGCUGAUAAGUCACAGGUACUCAAGAAUCCCGUAUAUCGUACCAAGAAAAUCAAACAAAUACGCUUGGAAAUAACGCGCAUGCGUAAAGCAAUGCAAAAGGCGAAAGUCGCUGCUCGACAUACAAACAUGAGCGUGCAUUCGCAAAGUGACGAUGACGACGACGACGACGAUGAUGAUGAUGAUGACGACGAAGAUGAAGAUGCACGUAGUAACGAUGUUACUCUUCAGUCAGAAAAACAUUUAAAGCAGCCAUCCGUUCAGCAGCAACAACAACAACAACAACAAGUGCAAAAUAGUUUUCCAAAACGUUCACGCAAAGCGCCCGCGAAUAUGAUGGUAGUCGAUGACGAUGACACAAUGGGUGAGGAGUCUAAAGAAACCGCCACAACGACAGUACAAACACCGCCAUGCAGUCCCAUCAAGAGUCUCAACAAUAGCGCCUCACCUGUGGGCGUGAAUCGAAGAACUGCCGUUUUAUUUACGCGCAAAGCACAAUCAGUCCUCAAGCGACCUGCUGAAAUUACCACACCUGUCAAGGAUGAAACGACGGCAUUAUCCGCAACCGCCACACAGAAUAACAACAAUACCACAGCCAGCGGAGCGAGUGCUGCGGGCGCGGCAGCAGCAGCGACACUCGCCUCCUCAGCAAUGACAAUAAGCAAUAAAUUGAGUGGCAGUCAUUUAGCGCCACUUGGCGCUAGUUUAGGGCUCGCUGCGGGUGUAGUAAUGGGUGCGGUAGCUGGGAAAUCGCCCAAACGGAAUGCGCGUAAUAAGCGGUUGUCCGAAAUGCGACAGAGUGCAUCGAUGUCGCCAAAGAAAUCACCAAACGCCACGCUUACACCAAAUACAACAACACCGUCAACGGUAAAUGUGGCACCCAGCGUAGGGGCGUUAACGUCCACACCGAACUACGACCGGAUACCGGAUAGUUUUCGUGUUUAUCGCGCGAAUAACGAACGCGACGUCAGCGAUAGUGAUGACGAUGAUUUAAGUGAUAUGUCCGGCAGUCCAUGUAGUAGUUGUUCGGGUAUCAGUGUCAGCGGGUCUGGCUCCGAAUAUGAUAGUAGUGAUGAUGAUGAUGACGACGACGAGGACGAUGAUGGUGAGGAUGAGGGUGAAGCUGAUGCGGAUGGUGAUGAGGAGAGCGAAGAUGAUGAAGAAGUCGAUGGUCGUGAUGGCGAUGUGGAAAUGAAUGAAGUUGCCAGCACUUGUGAAGGUGAUAUAGACGAUGUUGCUGGCGGUAACGGCGAAGCGGUAAGCGCUAGUACGGAUAGUGAUGAUGGGGCUGAGGAGAGUAACGACUGCGUAGCUAGUGACAAAGUUGAAACUGAUGCAAAGAGUGUGGCAACACGUACGCCAACACCCUCAGAGAAACGUCCACGCAAUGCGACACGUACGAAACAGAAAAACAAGACAGCAUUGGAAAUGAAUGCCAAUGCAAAAAAUGCAAUCACAAACGCAGUGCAGACAACGACUAACACUGCCAAGACGAAGACGACGGCGGCUGCGAUUGCGCCGACGACGACAACAACGCGCUCGAACAACAAGCAAAUACAGACAAGAUCAGCCACACCCACCGCCAACAUAACCGCCACAUCUACACCGAUUGCGAAUAACGCUAGAGGACGAAAGGCGAGUCUUAAUAACAAGCUGAUAUACAACAACACACAUAAUACGCGCGGUGCGGCGGCGGCAACACCAACGCCUACAACAUCCUCACGACCCACAUCAGCCAAUGCCGACUUGGCUAAUGAGGCCGGCGAUGUUGAUGGCGAUGACGCAUUGGCUGCAUCGUCAACAACAACAAUGUUAAAACCACCACUCGAGCCAUUACAAUUAGUGUGGGCAAAAUGUCGCGGUUAUCCCUGGUAUCCAGCGCUCAUACUCGAUCCGAAGACGCCGAAAGGUUUCGUCUAUAACGGUGUACCGCUGCCGGCGCCACCACCCGAUGUGCUGGCGUUGCGCAAAAACUACACCGAAGAUGUGGUGUUUCUAGUGUUAUUCUUCGAUGUGAAACGCACGUGGCAAUGGCUGCCGGCAAAUAAACUCGAAAUACUGGGCAUCGAUAAGCGUGUGGAUCAGCAGAAAUUGGUGGAAUCGCGCAAGCCCACCGAACGCAAGGCGGUGAAAAAGGCAUACCAAGAUGCGCUGCAUUAUCAGAGUCAGGUGUCCGAUCUGGAAGGUCAAGGCCCCGAUCCGAUAAUGUGAGAUGGUGCAAUGGCGGUUGGCGUUUGGCGGAAAGUGCGUCACAAACGACGCUGAAGCGCUACGUGCUGAUUGUUAUACGAUGUUAUAUGUUGAAGACGCCGACCGUUUCCGUUGCACCUACAAACAGUUACAUACAUACAUACUUUCAUACAUAUAAAUGCAUGCACAUAUAAGCAUAAUGCGUAAGCGACCGUUGUGCAUGUGUACCAGAAAAAAUGUCUCUUUAAUUAUUAAUUGCUAGUUUUUAGUUUUAUAAGUUUAUAUAUAAAUAUAUAUUUGAUUGAUGUUUACCUUUGCUACGAUAAGUAUACAUAUACAUACACACUAUAUAUAUAAAAACAUAAAUGCUAAAUAUAAUUUUAUAUUUUGCUAAAUUAAUAUAAAAUAAUAUUAAUUAAGUCUUGAAAAAAAUUUGCCUUUACUGCAAUUUGCACUACUCUAUAUUAGAUAACCUUAAAGAUAAACUGUUUAAACGUAAUUUUCAAAAUCGUUUUCAAAUCAUUUCACAUUUACUAUUUCAUGAUUUUCAAUUUACAUGCGAAAUGUGUUUUUCUUAAAUGAUUUUUUUUUACAACAAUUUUCACUUUUAAGUUUUUUUCGUCUUGUUUUUCUACUGCUACAACUCUUUAGUAGCAAAGUUCUCGCUGAAUUUCGUUAAUUUAAUUUUAUGUAAAUUGUUUGAAAUUUUUUUUAGAGAAAUUAUAGCAAUUUUAGUAUUUCCCAAAGGCACUUGAAGUGUUUUGUAAAUUUUAUUAAUUGCUAAUUAAAUAGAAUAUAAACUGCAUUUUAAUUGUAAAUUCUAUUGUUAAUUCAAAAACAUUAUUUGAUUUAAAUUAAAAAAAUAACGUACUCUGUUGUUGUUAUGGUUGUUAAGCAAUGUGCAUGGUUCAGAAAAUGUAAAAAAAAAAAAUAUUUCGAAUUCGAAAACGUGCUCUCUCGCCGUGCAAUACCAAUAUUUCGCUUUGACAAAGGCAAUUGAAAAUAUUUUGAGUUAAAUUUAUUAUAAAUUAUAAAUAACAGUUAAUUAUUUCUUUGUAUCGAUAUACUGUUUAUGCUUGUUAUAUUACUUUACUCAUUAUUUUCUGGUUUUCCACUUUCUUACGCAAAUUAGAUAUUUUGAGAUUUUUGGAGAAAAUGAAACAAAUUUGAGUUAUAAAAAAGAAAAAAAGAAGAAAAAAAUACUACAUAUUAAAUUCAAAUAAGUAAUGUAAAAAAAUAAAUGUAAAAUAAAUUAAUAAUUAAAAUAAAUUAACGAUUAAAAUACAAUUUGUAAAAAAAUAACAAAUGUUAAGCUAUUAUAAUAUAUAGGCAACAUAUGAAAAAUGCUGCAUUUUGUGUAAUAUUUCAGAUUGUGUACGGUCGAUCGUUUUUUUCUUUACUUUCAAUAUAAUUUGCACUAGCGUACAGUUUGUUUUCAAGAUUUUGCCCUCUUUUUACCUUUCACAUUGAAAAAAAAAUGGCAAAUUGUGUGUGGUUAAACGCGUUUAUAUAUAAACUUAUACAAAAUCUAAGUUAAGUUUUAAUUAAUAAAUUAAAUUAAUUAGUUUUAAGCAUAUGAAAAAAUGUAAAAAUUAAAAUAAAACAACAAAUUAAUAAAUGCAACAAUAAAAAAAAAUCAU